CUGCUUGAUCGCCGAUUCCUUUUACCUGCUUCCAUAGCCUAUGGUACGUCAAGAUUUCUCAGAGAAUUUCUACCGACGGUAAUUGAAGCGGUGGCAUCGCUCCAGGUGGAUAGAAGCGUUGUCGCCAAGGAGAGUGUCGUUUGGCUAUCGAAAAGAUAUGGUCCUGUGAUAAGCGCUCGAUUCAUCACAGCAAAUCUUUUACGAGUCCUCGGAUCAUGUUAUGCUGGAAUGACGUUAAUAGGCUCUGAUCAGGAACCGCAAUCAGUAUUUACUUUGUCUUUGCUUGGUGACGAAUGCGGUGCUCGAGUGGAAGCUUGUCUAGCCGAAAUUGCUGCCACCUACAGUGUUACGUUCAUAACGGUGCAAUAUCUGCCGUUCUGUGUCGAUUUAGUGGAGCAGGCGACCAGAAGACUCACACCACAGAUCGAGGCUGGUCUGCUGGCAGCGUUCCGGAUUGUUCGACUCAGUGCCAAAUCAAUGAGCGAUCAUCAACUCAUGAACUAUCUUGAGGGUGUGCUGCACUGCCACGCUCGUGACUACAUUGUUGACAAGGUUAUCGUCCAAGUGCUCCAGCUUGUUCUGAACGCGAACAGUUCAUUCUUUGACGACCGCUCACGAGUUAUUGUCGGUGCAGGGGCAGUGUCCUUACUGUACAAUAUUUCGAUGAGGAUUGGUCUAGAAAACACAAGAAUGUACGCGAGAAAGCCAUUCGAGUUGAUGUUCGAAGCGUUCGGCAAGCUAUACGAGGCCGAUGAACAGUUGAGAAUAUCGGCGAAGAAGUUGAACUCAAAUGAUACAGUCGCGUCGAUACCGCUAUGGUUCGUUUCGUCAGUGAUAGAUCGAUUUGCGUGCUCGUGGGGAGUUCCCCUUCUUUCGUCGUUCUGCUCGGACCCCGCUUUCCUUGUGCCAUUCGUCAGCUCACAAGUGGCCAAUUCGCCGUCAUCGUUACGCGUGACGCCGUUGUACCAGUUGAACAGCUUCCCGUCAGGCAAUCGUCUCCUCUCGCUGUCAUCUCCAUCUUCGCAAUCGAGCCUUACCAGUAUCGGAGGAGUUGGAUUGUGUGAGUCCACAUCGCUUAGCGCCCUCUGGUGUGCACGAAUAUCAGCAGCUGUGUGCGCUGCGGAAGGAAAGUCAUCUCUUCGUUUCGAUCAUCUGACUCUGUGCACCUUCAACGGUCAUUCGUCGUCCGUCCGUCGGAUAGCCAGUCUAUCAAAUGAGAACUCGUUCAUUUCGGCAUCAGCCGAUAAAACUGUGAAAUUGUGGUCGAUCAAACCCGAGUAUGAUACCGUGGAAGCUCAAUGGACUUACAACAGGCACACAAUCGUUUGGGAUCCAUUCCGUGGCGCAAUCAUCACCCAGCUGGACUGGGACGGCGAUGCAACGAUCUGUGGCCUCUCGCAUGUGGACAGACAUUCUAUGGCGGCCAUAUCGAGCCUUCAUUCGACAGUUCGCCUCAUAGACACUCGAACUGGUGGCUGGACCAGCGAGCUAAAGAUUUCGAACCUUCCUGGCUUAACAAGGGCAUUUUCAGUCGAAAAAUGGUUGUGGCGUUAUCGAAUGGUACCAUUGUUCUGCUUGAUGCACGCACAGGCCGACUGGCUUCGCUUUCACAUGGGAACAGCACCCAUACGACCGCGGGUUCGGUGGCUUUCGCUCGGGUUCCUGGGGAUUGUCUGUGAUGCAGAUGAGAGUGUGGGAAACGUGUUCACUGCAAGUCCUCGAAUUUCUUCCAUACGGAAACUUUCCGACGUGGUCGUGAGUGCGUUUGUGAGCGACGACAAAUUGGCCACUCUUCAGGGAAACAACGUCAUCAGGGUAUACUCUGGUGCUGAGGUUGUGCUUGAAGCCAAAAUGAAGUCCGAUAGCCAAUCUGGAAGUCCAGCUUCGAUCUGCUACCUACCCCUGAACAACGCAUAUCUUAUCGGAUCUAAUCAAGGUUCCAUUCGCUUAAUGUGCUAA